CUUUUGCAGGAACCGCCUCGGUUGCUAUAGCAGGAAUCUUUGCUGCCUUAAGAAUUACAAAGAACAAGCUUUCUGACAAUAAGUUUGUCUUCCAAGGAGCGGGAGAGGCGGCUUUGGGUAUUGCUCACCUAAUAGUUAUGGCACUAGAGAAAGAAGGAAUUCCCAGAGAAGAAGCUGUUAAGAAAAUCUGGAUGGUAGACUCGAAAGGACUCAUUGUCAAGGGCAGGAGUCACCUGAACCACGAGAAGCAAAUGUUUGCUCAUGACCACCCCACUGUGAAGACGCUGGAGGACGUGGUGCGGACAAUAAAACCAACAGCUAUUAUUGGUGUAGCUGCAGUUGCAGGAGCUUUUACUCACCAGAUUUUGAAAGACAUGGGGACUUUCAAUGAGAAGCCAGUUGUGUUUGCCCUCAGCAAUCCAACAAGCAAAGCAGAAUGCACGGCUGAAGAUUGUUACCGCUUGACAGAUGGCCGUGCCAUAUUUGCCAGUGGGAGCCCAUUUCCAAAAGUAACCCUGUCAAAUGGACAAACCUUCUUCCCUGGCCAAGGGAACAAUGCCUAUGUUUUCCCUGGAGUUGCUCUAGGAGUCAUUGCUUGUGGAGUCCGCCACAUCUCCGAGGAGAUCUUUCUCACCACAGCAGAGGCAAUUGCAGAAGAGGUUACAGAGCAGCAUCUUGCUGAAGGCAGGCUCUAUCCACCCCUGAGCUCCAUUCGAGAUGUGUCCUUCAAAAUUGCUGUUAAAGUGGUUGACUAUGCCUACAAACACAACCUGGCAUCCUGGUACCCAGAGCCAGAGGACAAAGAAGCAUUUGUUAAAUCCCUCAUUUACAGCCCUGACUAUGAUUCCUUCAUUAUCGAUAGUUACCAGUGGCCGCAGGAAGCCAUGAAGACUCAAAAUAUUUAAUGCUUCUUUUUUGUGAAGGCAGGGAAGAGGAGUAUUCCAGCAGCUGUGAACCUUAAGAUGCUAAAGUGUCUCGAUCUUCAAGCUUGUAGGAUCUUCAGUUAUAAAUGGAGAGAAGAGCAAGUACCCACCCUUUCUAUGAGCAGCUUCCUUUUAAAAAAAAUCUGAGCCAGAAAUAACACAGAGUAAACAAGGACCAAUUAUGCCACCAGCAUCAAAUGAACUGAUGUGAUUAGAUGAAAUUUAGAAGGUUCCAUACUCUUGAAUCUCCUCUUGCAAAUCAAACUAACCUUCCCUAAUCUGGUACUUUCUAAAUGUAUUAGGAUGUCAGCUCCCAAAAUUCCCUGCCAGCGUGCUUCCAGUUGGAGAAGGCUGGAUUAAGGAUUUCUGCAGAGCUCAUAGAAAAUGCUGUUUGCUAGGUAGCUUCAUCCCAAAGCAUAUCUAUUAAACUGGUGUAAUUCCUAUUAUCUUGCUCAGUAAAGCCCACCAUCCAUGGGUUUAGGAGACUUCAGAAUGCAACUGUUUCACAAUAAGCAUGGCACUGCCAUUGGGCAUACAGUUGAGAAGUGACUUCUUCCCCAAAGUCCUGCAUGGCUUCUACCAGUCUUAGCAACUAUCACCAGGGCUCUGAUCCUAACCCUGACCCUCAUUAGAGAUGUAGAUGGUGGUAUUAGCAGUUACACAGAAUUCCCACUAACCCAAUUUACUGAAAAUUUUCCAGAUAAUUGGUAUGUCUCUAUCCAGCUUAUACAAUGUCCUGUUACCAUAAAACAAUGAGAGUUCUACCAAACUCAUGUUUGGCAACAUAGACUAACUCAAGAAGCACUCAAAGUGUAUGUUCACGCAAUAUGCAUAUUAUGGUUAAUUGGGUCUUGUUUACUCAACUAGCCCAAGUAUGGGGAUCUCCAUGAUACGCUAAAAGAUAAACUCACCACAUAGGGUGGAUUCAUGCAACAUGUAGACUAAAAUAUGGUUGAUCAUUUCAUGGUUCAGUGUGGAAUGUACAGGAAGUACUCAACUUAUGACAGCAGUUGGGUCUGGAAUUUCCAUUGCUAAGUGAUGCAGUCAUAAAGCACAAUUGCAUUGCUUAG